CCACCGCCUGCAUCCACGCGCGCCGGAACAGCGUGCCCAAGCUAUGCAGCAGUACCCCUCCGGAUCCCUCAGGUCCAACCGCUCGUCGCCUGCCCAGGACAGUGAAGCCACGCUCUACCCUCCCUCCCACUCCUCCACCAUGACCCUCCAAGGCGACGAUAUCGGGCCUCGCUCAUCCCAGGGCUCAGGACGCUCUGGGGGCUCGCGCCGUGCGCAGAAUCUCCCACAGCAGCUCUCGCAGAUCGAGAAAAGCGUCACCCAUCUGCUGGUCGCCACCAAGCAGCUGCUGGAAACCCUCACCCUCUGGUCCCGUGGGACGGCGACAGAGAGCGAGGUCUCUGACGUCUACGUCCGCCUCGGAUACGAAUUCAACAUUGCUUCACGGGCCUUCAACGCCAUCGGAGUCGAUACCCAGGAUCUUGGGAACGUGCCGGAGCUAUUACGAGGCAUACUAGAAGAGACGCUGAGUCAAGAGGCUUCACAGUCGAGCUUGGACAACUUCCUGCCCAGGAUAAGAGACAUCAUAAUAAACUUGCUACAUGGGUUGAAAAAGAAACAACAGCGGUUGCGCCAGCGGAGCGGGAGAGAUGGCACAGUCCCGAACGGGACCAGUCCGCGACAGGACAGCGUGGGCAGCACCAGCGAACUGGAGGAUACCCAGGCGCGGUCAUCUAGCACGAGAGUGCCUCCACCCAGGCAAAAUAGCAGCGACUUCGCACCUGACGGCCUCCCUCCACGUACGUCCUCAGUGCAAGGCAGAACUUCACCCAGCAAAUAUGACAGCCUACCUGCAAAUCCCAGACCUAACCGCAACACUACAGCGAGCCAGCACUCCAACGAUUCCUCCAUGUCCAGCAAUACGAUGCAGAACAUACCCGUCAUUUCUCCGUACCCGCAGGAAGACAACAUGCCUGGUACCGCCGAAGGGCCACCUCCUCCUUACGUGGACUUUCCACCGCCACCGCCCCCUCCUCCUCCGAAACAACAAGAUGCUCUGGCUGCUCUUCAACGUGGCGGUGAGCUAGAGAGAAGAGCUUCCAGGCGAUUCUCGGCCUAUCAAAUUCAAAAACAUUUGGGAGGCUCAAAUGGGAUUCCCAUGCUCCCUCCACAAAAUUCUCCUGUACCAAACAGGGGGCGCGACGUGCGGGAGUCAAUGAACGCUGUUCGGACAAGAGGCUCAAUGCUGCACAGUCGACAAAGGUCUCACCAAAGACCAAACAUAGACACAUCUCCCAGCCGUAACGACCUCACGGACCGCCGCAUCUCUGAAGAAAGUAGUCAAAGCUCGCAGGCACCACUAAUUAAACCUCCCAGGGAACCGCAACCAGAAGAUAGCCCCAUAGAGAAGACGCCGGACGAUAAACUGGGUGCAGCCCCCGUGUUUCCGGAAAGAGAUCAACCUUCUCUUGGGGCUACCAUUAGCGGUCCUCUGGGAGAGCCGGUACAAUUGGUUGUGGACGAUGUGGAAAAUGAGCCAGUGCAACCAAAACCAUCAGCGAUCCCGGCAAGACAUGGAUCCAGGAAGUUUAAGUCUCCCUCUCCAAGGGUGGAUCAGUUUACGCCGGAGCAGUCUCCUGAACCUGGUAAGGAACUGACUUUGUUCCUGCAAUACAAGAGCAAGAUAAAGAAGUUUGUCCUACCUGACGGCUAUAACGAUCUGUCUCUGGCACGGUUGCAACUUGCUUUCAUCGAGAAGUUUGCGUGGAACACUCACAGCAACGGCCUCGACCUACCAGAAAUCUACAUCCAAGACCCAGUCUCUGGGGUACGGCAUGAGUUGGAGGAUCUAAGCGACAUCAAGGAUCGGUCUGUGCUUGUGCUCAACGUGGAGGUUUUGGACGAAGUCAAGAGGCAUUUCGAUGAGGGUCUAGGGGGAUUACGUCGUGUGGUAGAAAGCAUCAAGACGGCUGUUGAUGAUCAGCAAUCCGCGAUUCAACGAGUCUCGGAUCGCCAGCAGGACGCAGCCAAAGAGAUCGCCAGCAUAUCUGCAGCGCCUACCUUUUCCUCGGCUCGCGUGUCAACGGCGCUCGCUCCAUCAUCCCCUGCACCAACAACCGCGCUACCGAUAACAUCUGCAGCACAGCUGAACGAGGUCCAGUCUCUACGUCGGGACCUUGCUGUCGUCCGCCAGACCUUCUCCUCAUUCACAUCAGACAUCAGUGCUAGCAUGGCCAACAUCCGCACAAAGGCUGCCGCCGUUAAAUCCACCGCCGUCAAAGCCGCUCUACCAGACCUGUCUGGCGACACUGGCCGUGCUUACGUUAACACUGGCAAGAAGCAGCUCCAAGACGACUCAGAGAAGAUCGUCGACCGCGUCGACAACCUGCAGGAUUUGGUCGAGGACCUCCGAAAGGACGUCGUUUCUCGCGGCGUGCGUCCUCUGCCUCGCCAGCUCGAAAGCACCGCCAAGGACAUUGCCUCCGCGACCGCCGAGCUCAAGAAACUUAAAGACUUCCUCACCCGCGAGAAGCCGCUGUGGACCAAGAUCUGGGAGCAAGAACUCCAAGCCGUGUGCGAGGAGCGCGAUCUCCUCACCAUGCAAGAGGAGCUUGCCGCGGAUCUGGAAGACGACCUCGAGAAGGCGGCGCAGACCUUCGAGCUGGUCGAGCAAGCUACCAAACAGCAAAAUCUCCAAUCCGGGGGUGCCGCUACCCCCGUAGGGACCCGCUCAGCUAGCGGCCGCAACCUCCUCCACGCUGUCGGUGCUGACAGGGCAGUCGACCCACGCCAAGCUAAAGAUGGCGUGCUCGGCGAAGUACGCGCGCUCCAACCUAACCACGAAGGCCGUCUCGAAGCUAUCGAGCGCGCAGAGAAAGCCCGCCAAAAAGAGCUCGAGAGCCGCAAAGAGGGCGAAUUCAAGAAGGAACUCGGCUCCUUCGUCGAAGAAGGCAAGCUCAAGAAGAGCGGCGGCGUCGAAGAGGCAGAGCGGCUCCGCAAAGCAAAGGACGAGCGCAUCAGGCGCGAGGUCUGGGAACGGCAGCAAGAGCGCGCGCGAGCAGCGGCGGAGAAGCGAGAGGCUGCGAAGGCGGCACAGGCGGCGGCGGCGGCACAAGCAGCGGCAGGUGGUGAUGACACCGCUGAAGACGCAGGAGGAGAGACGACGACUACGGAGGAUGCGCCGGGGAGUGGGAGCCCGCCGGAGGUGUUUGCGGAGGCGAAGGAGGUGCUGCCGGGUGAAGGUGCUCAGAGCCCUGCUUGAUCGCACUAACUUCCUUCUUCAUCUUCUCCUCUCUUCGCACCGUACCAUCUCUCCCUCUUCUCCCUGCUGACCCACAGCGCAAUCCCAGUCUCAUCGCCCGGAUCCAUCCUAACCAAGCUCCCCCA